UCAGAGGUCGCGCUGCCUGUGACGCCGAGGGGCGUGGCCGGCGCGGGGCGCGGCGGGAUUGUCGCGUAGGAAGCCCGGCGGAGGGGGCGGGGCCUCCGCGAGGGGAAAAAAUCCUCCAUUUUGGGGCGCCGGAGGAGGAGGCAGCGGCGGCGCGCUCGGGCCGGGUCUCGCUCCCGCGGAACGUCCCUCUCCGUCCAGGUGGCCCGGAGGCGAUGGCGGCCGAGAGCCGGGAGGAAAAAGAUGGUGAAUUGAAUGUUCUGGAUGACAUCUUGACUGAUGCACCUGAUCAUGAUGAUGAGCUAUACAAUCCUGACAACGAACAAGAUAAAAGUGAGAAAAAGGGAUCCAAAAGGAAAAGUGAAAGGAUAGAAUCAGCAGAGAGCAAGAAACCAAAGCCUGCUGUGCAUUCUUCAAGGCAGAUGUUGCCCAAACCUCCAAGCUCAUCCAUUGGCAGCCACAAGAGAAUAGUCAGCACCAAAGGAAAGCCAGUGCUGGAAUACAAGAGUGAGGAAUAUCAGAGGUCUGACAGGAACAAGCGGCCAGAAGGUGACCGAAAGGCCCGUAUGACCAGCAGCAGCUCAAGAGACCCCUAUAAAGGGCCGCCCGAAAAGGCAGGGGUCAGGAAGAGGGAUCCUGACAGAAGGGCAAAGUCAGCUUCUCCAGAUGCCUGCGAACAGAGGCUCAGGCAUGAUGUGGACAGGCGGCCAAGCAGAUCCAGCCACUCUUCGAAGGAAGAGCUGAAUUCUGAGGAAUAUGGCUCAGAUCGUGAAACAGGCAGCAGUGGCUCCUCUGACCCAGGGAAUACUGAGGAGGAAGAGGAGGAGGAGGGAAUGGAGGAGGAGGACGAGGAGGAAGAGGAUGAGGAUGAUGAAGGGGAAGAGGAGGAGGAAGUGGAGGAAGAUGGAGAUGAAGAAGAAGAGGAUUACGAUCAAGACGAGAGGGAUCAGAAGGAGGGAAAUGACUAUGAUACACGAAGUGAAGCCAGUGAUUCUGAUUCUGAGUCAGCAUCCUUUACGGACGGGUCAGUGAGAUCUGGCUCAGGCACAGACAUAUCAGAUGAAAAAAAGAAAGAAAGGAAAAGAGCUAGAGGCAUCUCUCCAAUUGUUUUUGAUAGAAGUGGGAGCUCUGCAUCCGAGUCCUAUGCAGGUUCAGAAAAGAAGCAUGAGAAAUUAUCAUCUUCCGUUCGUGCUGUCCAAAAAGACCAAACUAGCAAACUUAAAUACAUUCUCCAAGAUGCAAAGUUUUUUCUUAUCAAAAGUAACAACCAUGAAAAUGUCUCACUUGCCAAAGCGAAGGGCGUCUGGUCAACCCUCCCCGUCAAUGAGAAGAAGCUCAAUGCUGCCUUCAGAUCAGCCAGGAGUGUCAUCUUGAUAUUUUCUGUGAGAGAGAGUGGGAAAUUCCAAGGGUUUGCAAGGCUCACUUCCGAGUCCCAUCAUGGAGGAUCCCCCAUACACUGGGUGCUGCCUGCAGGAAUGAGUGCAAAAAUGCUUGGAGGCGUGUUCAAAAUAGAUUGGAUUUGCAGGCGUGAAUUGCCCUUCACUAAAUCUGCUCACCUGACGAAUCCUUGGAAUGAACACAAGCCAGUCAAGAUUGGACGUGAUGGGCAGGAAAUUGAGCCUGAAUGUGGAACCCAGCUUUGUCUCCUAUUCCCUCCUGAUGAAAGUAUUGACUUGUAUCAAGUCAUUCAUAAAAUGCGGCACAAGAGAAGAAUGCACUCUCAGCCCCGGUCAAGAGGACGGCUGUCGCGUCGAGAGCCAGUCCGGGACGUGGGAAGGCGUCGACCAGAGGAUUAUGAUAUUCAUAACAGCAGAAAGAAACCAAGGAUUGAUUAUCCUCCUGAGUUUCACCAAAGACCAGGGUAUUUAAAGGAUCCCAGGUACCAAGAAGUAGACAGACGAUUUUCAGGAGUCCGGCGAGAUGUCUUUUUAAAUGGGUCUUACAACGAUUAUGUGAGAGAGUUCCACAACAUGGGACCACCGCCACCCUGGCAAGGAAUGCCUCCCUACCCAGGUAUGGAACAGCCUCCCCAUCACCCAUACUACCAGCACCACGCUCCUCCACCCCAAGCUCACCCUCCUUACUCCGGGCACCAUCCCAUUCCACAUGAUGCACGAUACCGGGAUAAGCGAGUGCAUGACUAUGAUAUGAGGGUUGAUGAUUUUCUACGUCGGACACAAGCCGUGGUCAGUGGCCGGAGAAGCAGGCCCCGCGAGCGUGAGCGAGAUCGCGAGCGAGAUCGCCCUCGAGACACCAGGAGGGAGCGAGAGCGGGGCAGAGACAGGGAGCGGGAGCGAGAGAGGACAUGUGAUCGGGACAGAGGAGGAGAACGAGGAAGAUACAGAAGAUAAUGCCCUGGGAAACAGCAGUUACUUGAAAAAGAGCAAAUGCUUGUAUAUUGUGUGUUUACUGGCAGUAAAAUUUUAUUUUCCUCUAUCUACCUACUUGGUUGUAUGAAAGGAUUUCUAGCUGGCUCUUGUUCCAAGCAUGCGGGAAGCUGUGAACUGGGAAACUCCCAGCAGCCAAAAACAAAUUGCAGAGCUUGAUCUUUGAGUUGAUGGUUUUUAUUGGAAAACAGCUUGAAAAUGUAGAUAAUUAAAUUGUCUCUUAAGUGUUCAUCUUUACAGUAAUUUAAUCAUAUAUUUCUUUGAAUACUUGUUGAUAACUGCCACAGUAUUUUUGCUUUGAUAUUUUCUCCUAUGUAGUUCUCAUGGAAAGUGCUGCUAUCAAGUAUGCAAAUACUCGUGGCGAUGGUGGAGCAGCCGCCUCUUUUCUUAAUUUUUUUUUAUUGGUGUGUGCGUGUGUUUUAAUUUUUGUAAAAGUCGUGCUUGUCUGAUAAUGAAAGCAAUAUUAAAACACCCAUAUUGAUAUCUAAUUUUUAACCUUUUAAAAAGAGCGUUUUCUGUAUUCUGAUAGCAUUUUGGUUAAUGCAGUUUAGUUGCCUCCCCCACUCUCUCCCAUAGCUUGGGAUGCCCUCUGUUCCUCUGUGUGUGUAAGCAGGAAAUAUUGCUGCCAUUUCUUUUUUAUAUAAUAAACUGGUAUAACAGUA